AUGAUGUCACAGUGUCAAGACCAAUCGCUAUGUCCAGGUAGUAAUAAUUGCAACGCCAAUCUCCCAGAUUUGUUAUCAUCCAACCCUAAUGCAAAGGCCAAUAAUACUGAUACCGGCACUACCACUACUAGCGAUACAGGCGCCAUUAAUGAUGACUCAUAUUCAACCAAAGUUUCUUCACCCGCGAAAUUCUUUGUUCAAACGGCCCUAUCAUCCAUCACAAACACCCUAAAGUUGGAAAACGAGGCAGUAAAGCAUUUGUAUAAUCAAUACCAAACAGACGAGUUCUCCAUCAAUAAUUUAGUCGAGUCCCUAUCAAUCAUGUUCAAAACGUUUCAAAAAAAUGGUAAGAUCAUAAUUAGCGGUAUUGGCAAAUCCUACAAAUUGGCAUUGAAAUUAGUGGCAACCCUAAACUCAUUAAGUAUAUCCAGCAGUAAUUUACAUCCUUCAGAAGCCUUACACGGGGACUUGGGCUUGAUAAAUGACUCAGUGGACUGUUUGAUCAUGCUAACAUCUUCAGGUAAUACUCCGGAAUUAAUUAAUUUACUACCUCAUCUCUCACAAGAUUUGCCAAUCAUUCUAUUGACAUGCAAUAAAAUUUCGAAAUUAUCUACAAGUGGUAGGAUAAAGAGCUUGAUUUUUGCUGAGCUAUUACCUACUCAUAACGAAGAGUCCAUCCAUGGUAUACCUGCACCAACAGUAUCAACGACUUUAUCGUUAAUCUUGGCCGAUUCCGUUAUUCUAGCUUUAUCUGAGUUGAUUGAGAAUGAUUUGUACAAGAGAAGAAAAUUGUUUGGCUUGAAACAUCCCGGUGGCUCGAUAGGGGUGAAGCUAAGCAGUGCUACCUCCCCAACUGUUUCGUCAUUGCCUUCAGAAGUUGGAAGUUUUAGUACGACUUCAUUGUUGAGUUUGAAGAAUUUUAACUCACUUCUGACAGCUAACAACACAUUAAAUAAUACAUCAGCUGCCAUAGAAAGUGACGCUAGUGGCGCAUUGGAAAUGUUUGUACCUAGUAGAAAACCAACAUCACCUUCAUCAUCAUUAUCCUCAUCAUCAUCAUCAUCAGCAGCAGCAGCAGCAGCACCCUCAACGAGUAACAAUAAUUGCAAAACGGUAACGCAUGAACAGAUUUUAAAUUUAACAGAGUUGGAUAUACUAAAAUGGAUAACUUUGUAUGAUUAUUUACAAGUUCAAGAUUCAAAUUUGAAAGUCAAGUUGACACAAGUUAAACAAAUCUACAAGGACUAUUAUAAGAAUAACCACUAUACUAUAACUGGCAAUAGUAAUGAUCUCACAAAAGAAGGUGAUAACAAUAAUAAUCCCGAUAAAGAUUAUCAUUGGAACAAAUUUAAAUGGGAGUUACUUAGAUCCUUCAAAUAA